ACAUUAUCAGCCCCGCAUCUUUAACUCGAUGCCUUUUUUUGCUGCCUGGUCUAUUCAGACCGUGCGCCAAAGAGCAUUUCUUAUUGGAGUUGGCGCAAGCACAGUUACCGGCGUGUUAUUGAAAUGUCAUUAUGCAAAAGACAAUACUCCAUUGAUCAUCAGAGAACCUUCAUUACCAUUUCGCAUCCUUUGUAAUUUCAUUCCCAUUGUGGCUCUCGAGCCAGCCGAUCCUUCUACACCUCAAUCGCCUCCAAAAGGGGGCCCAGGUGCAUGGCUAGACUCGACUCGAAAAAUAUUUCAAGUGGAUAGAAUGCAAGAAGACGUUCGACGUGAAAACGACUUUAUUAGCAAGAUGUUUUCGCUUAAAUCUACGCUCCCAACAAUGCCCAAGAUUAAUAUCCCGGAGCCUCAUAUCCCAUCUGUAGAAGAAAUCAAUCAGAGAAUGAAUGAACUAUAUCCAACAUUUGCCUCUCAAUUCGAUACCCUCCGAGAAAGCUAUGAACAUUUUUGGGAUUUUCUGACCAUGGAAGAUUUUCGAAAGCUAAUAGACGAUAUCCAGCGGGAAGAUCAGGAUGGGCUUAUAUAUCCUGAAGUGGGGGAAGAUGCAAUAGUUCGAGAAGGGUCUGGUCUUUCAAAAGAAGAAAAGAAAUUCAUUAAAGUGCGCAAAGAGAGGCAAAGACAAUCAUUUGCAAAAUUUAUGAGAGUGGAUCCCCACGAAGUCGAAUUGGAAGACAUGCCAAUCGUUGGGAUAGCAUCAAGUGGAGGUGGGUAUCGUGCAAUGGCAGGAUGUGCGGGAUAUCUAAAAGGAAUGCGUGAUACCGGAGUUCUGGAUUGUGUAAUGUACAUGGCUGGUGUGUCUGGUUCAUGCUGGACAAUGGCAUUGUAUUAUAGUCCUCUUUCUGGUGGAUCGUUGGAAAAGUUAUCAGGCCAUCUCCAGACUCACAUGCAUACUCACCUCGCAAAUGUCUCUAGUUUCCUUACUGUCCUAAGUGCAUCCAAGAAUAAUGCUAAACUAUUGAUGCAAGGAGUUCUUGAGCGCUAUUACCAGCAAAACAAUACGCUGAACGUGGUAGACGUGUUUGGAAUGCUAAUUGGCGCAACUCUUUUGACAAAAAAGAAGAUAGAUAAUACGAUGGCCUCUGAAUCUUCAGAGUGUCAAGACCAUUCUAUCGAUACAGAAGGGUCUUCCAAAAAAAAAGAAGAUAUCCUUCGAGGCAUUGUUACCGAAGAAGACGGGACUCAAAGAAAACCUAUUCUGCUGUCCAAGAAUGCAAUGAAACUCUCUUGCCAGGACGACGUUUUUGGUGAUGGCUCUCAACCGAUGCCUAUAUACUGUGCUGUGCGACAUGAUAAUGCCCAUACUGCAGAAGAAGAAAAGGACAUUUAUCAAUGGUAUGAAUUCACUCCAUUUGAGAUGGGAUGCGAAGAAAUUGACGCUUGGAUUCCUAUGUGGGGAUUUGGAAGAAAAUUUGACCAGGGUAAAAACUUGGAAAGACUUCCAGAACAAGUUUUCGGUUCUGCGUUUGCUGCAAGUCUAGUUCAGUUCUACCAAGAAGUUCGUAGUUUCCUUCCUAAAAGGGCUAUUGACGCUUCGGACGAAAUUGUUCUUCGCUACCAAGAAUCAAUGUCCAACUACCAUCCGAUAUCUCCUGCAAGUUUUCCCAACCCAUUCUAUAAUCUACCCGAAUAUGGUCCUAUUGAAGAAGGUUGCACAUUUAGUCGUCCAAAGUCGUUGAUAGAAUCCAAAGAGUUGUGUUUGAUGGACGCUGGAAUGGAUAACAAUAUCCCAUUUUACCCUCUUCUACGCCAAGGUCGUGAUGUGGAUGUGAUUCUUGCUGUAGAUCUGAGUGCGGAUAUCCAGACAGCCCAUCACUUUGAUCGAGCUGAAGGAUAUGCCAAGCGACGUGGAGUCAAAGGCUGGCCUGUGGAUGCUGGCUGGCCAAAACAGCACCACAGCAGCAAGACCAAUGACUAUCCACUCGGAACUUGCACUGUGUUUGCUUCUCAUGCCUUGGAGACCGAAACAGAGGAAGCCACAGGAGAAACGUAUCAAACAAAAGCCCAGAGAGUGACUGUGGUGUAUUUUCCAUUUAUCUUGAACAAGGCGUUUGAUCCUGAAUUUGAUCCACAAACAGCAGAGUUCUGUAGUACAUGGAACUUUGUUUAUACAUCUGAUCAGGUAAACAAGCUUGAAGGCCUUGCAGAGAAGAACUGGACAGAAAAUAUAGAUCAGGUUCGAGAAGUUCUGAGAAAAGUAUGGGACCGUAAACGUAGACAAAGAUUAGAAAAGCUACCUGACAUAGAAAAUCCUUUUACAUUAUAGACUUGGUGUUAUUAUCUCGCUUUUUUUUUUAUUUAUUUAUUAUUAUUUGCAAAUCAAUUGAACAUCUUGAGAAACACUAC